AUGGUAAGAGCUCCAUGCUGCGAGAAGAUGGGACUGAAGAAAGGUUCAUGGACACGCGAAGAAGACCGCAUAUUGAUCAAUUACAUUGACCAAUAUGGCCACACCAAUUGGAGGGCACUUCCUAAACAUGCCGGUUUAUUAAGGUGUGGAAAGAGUUGUAGACUCCGGUGGACGAAUUACUUGCGACCGGACAUUAAACGGGGAAACUUCAGCAAAGAAGAAGAGGACGCCAUUAUCAAUUUGCAUGGAAAAUUAGGAAACAGAUGGUCAGCCAUUGCAGCAAGACUGCCAGGACGUACAGACAAUGAAAUAAAAAAUGUGUGGCACACCAACUUGAAAAAGAGACUCCACAAAAUUGACUCCUCUUCCAAGUCCAAACUACACUCCAUCAAUGAAGCAAAACCCUUAAUGAAUCAUCCGAAUCAGGAUACAUUGGAUCUCCAACCGGAUUCCCCUCAACAUUGGCUUAGCGAAAUCUCCAACGUCAUCACCAAUAACAGCAACAACGGUAACGUGUGCAUGGAGGCUGAUGCAGAAGUCCUAGACGAUUUCCCUGAAGUUGAUGAAAAUUUCUGGUCGGAGGUGCUCUCUGAUGAAAAUUCCGGCAGCACCAGCGAUUUUCCUGCAGUCACAGCAGAGGAACAACUUCAAUUUCCUUUGUCACCUUUUCAUGCCAUGGAAUAUGUGUACGGCUACAAUUCAAGCGUUCAUGAUGGCAAGGACUUUUGGUACAACCUUUUCACACGAGCUGGGGAAUUAUCAUAAUUACCAGAUUUUUAAUUAAGCAUGCAAAGAUCAUGUCAAUAAUAUUCAAGCUUCUUCUAAAGAGAGGUUUGAUUUAUUUGUCUACGGUUUUUGACCAUUGUAGG